AUGACGCAGUCGUCUUCUCAGCUAUUUGCAUCUUUGCUUGAUGAAAGGGCCCAUUUCGGGAAAGGUCUAUAUGCCAGCCAGCACGAGCCCGCUGUCUGGAACUCCCGCACGCGCAUCCUGCUAAACAACUACAGCAACGGCGAUCCCCUACGUGACCCAUUAGAUGCAGAGGGUGCUCAAAGGGUCAGGGAGUGGGGUGAUGAGAACAGGCACGGGCACCGGGCUGCAUAUUGCAUACCACUCAUCGUACCAAGAGACAUGGCCUACAACAUCUUCCAGAGACAAACGCCAGACAUUGCCGCGAAGGUGGUGGAAGACAGAAACGGAGAGACCAGGCACGUACGCCUUGGAGAAGAUUACAAAGGACGCCCCGUGCAUUCUAACCGGGAUGUCUGGAUCAUCCGGAUUGCUGAGGCCGGAGCAGUCGGACAUGCACAUGCGAGCACCGAUGAUGUCAUCAAUCUGCUGGAGCGGCGUCUGGCAAAGUUGCGAAUGUCAGCAGGAAGCCUUGACAGCAAGACCUUCGACUGUCUCUCCGAGUUAGGCCACAGAUAUCAAAGCCGUGCGCGUUUCGAUGAAGCUGAGCGACUUCUACGAGAGGCUUUUGAGGGAAGACUGGAGAAGUUGGGCGAGUCGGACCGCGGCACUCUAAACAGCAUGGCGGGGCUGGCAUCCGUGCUGCAG